UCUCUGCGCCUGCGCAUUCCUGGCCGUGAUUGGUGACGGUGGUAGUUGUGGCAAGGCGCGCUGACAGCCGGUGAGGGACUAUUUCGCAGUUGAAUUUGUGUACAUCCCCUGUGAUCAUUAUUUUUGUGAAUUCAAAUUCCAAAGGGAAGAACCAAGGGAGAUCUGUUCAGGAGUUGCUAGUGAGUCAUGUCGAACAAGGAAGUGAAAGCAGCAUUGAAAAAUGCCAGAGAUGCAAUAAGAAAUAAAGAAUACAAAGAAGCACUGAAACACUGCAAGACUGUACUGAAACAAGAAAAAAAUAACUACAAUGCCUGGGUAUUCAUUGGUCUGGCAGCUGCUGAGCUGGAACAACCUGACCAAGCUCAAGGUGCCUAUAGGAAGGCCACUGAACUUGAGCCAGGGCAGUUGUUGGCAUGGCAGGGCUUAGCAAAUUUGUAUGAAAAAACAAACCAUGCAGAUGCAAGAGAGGAUUUGGUUAAUGUUUAUCAGAAACUCCUUGAACUCUAUGAAAGCACAGAUAAACAGAAAUGGUGUGAAGUAUGUAAAAAGCUUGUGGACCUGUAUCAGCAAGAAAAAAAAUACCUUCAGGUAGCUCGAAUGUGGCAGAAACUGAUAAAAAUAAGACAGGAAGAAGGUGCAGACAAUGCUGAGCUUCAUCAGCUACGGAAGAGAUUGAUCCAGUUACUGGAAGAAGGCACACAUGUCCAGGAUAAUGAAACACAGCAGUUGCUCCUUAAUGCAUUUGAAGUGGCUGUGAAUUCCACAGAACCAAUUCCAAGUGAAGAGCACCAGAAGCUAUAUGGAGAGUUUAUUCACUGUUUGUCAAAAUUCCCUCAUGAGUAUUCUAAACUGAAGACAGCCUGUGAAGAUAUGAUGACUCUGUACCCUGCUGUGAGUUAUCCUCUGGAAGUUCUUUGCUUACACUUCAUUCAGUCAGGUAAUUCAGGAUGUUUGAGUGAGGAUACCUUGAGUUACUGUCAGAAGCUGUUGGAUAUCGACUCCAGAAGUGGUCCAGCUCUUAUUGCUUUAGGAAUUCAGUCCCUCCAUGAAAAAAAAUAUGAUGAAGCUGAAAAAAAUCUAACGGAAGGUUUGCAACAGACCAGCCAAUGUCCUGUAGCAUGGUGCUACUUAGGAGAGGUACAGGUGAAAAUGCAUAAAUACAAAGAAGCUGUUCAUUCUUGCAAUCAAGCCUUAAGGACAUUAGGACUACUUUGUGAAGUCAGUUCUCUUCAGCAACACAAAGAGCUUAUCUGUCGAUCCAAAGCAUUGGCUUUGCUUAAAAUUCCAGGUGCUGAUGCUGCAGACGAAGCCAUAAAUUCCCUUGAUCAGGUUCUGGAUAAAAACAGCAAUCCAAAGCUUAUAGCUCUUAAAGGACAGGCAUAUCUAAAUAAAGGACUUAUUGAGGAAGCUACAAAGAUUGCACAAGAGCUUAAACUGACACAUCCUGAUCUGGCAGAGGCCUGCUAUCUUGAAGGGUUGAUUUGUUAUAAGCAAAAGAACUAUUAUCAGGCAGAAACAAGUUUCCAGAGAGCUAUUGAAAAAGAAGCUGAAAGAGCUGACUUUCAUUUCUGCCUGGGCCUCACUUACUGGCUUAUGAGUGAAGAAACAAGAAAGGAUAAGUCAAAAGCCCUUACUCAGUUUUUAAAGGCAGCAAAACUGGAUAAUUACCUAGGAAGUGCUUUUCAUUACUUAGGUCAAUACUACAGAGAUAUAGCUGGCGAUAAAAACAGAGCUCUUGGUUGCUAUAAAAAAGCUUUUGAAAAAGAUAAAACAGAUGGAGAUGCUGGAGCAGCUGUAGUGGACUUGAGCACUGAGCUUGGAGACUUGGAAACUGCCAUUGCCAUCUUGACAGAGGUGACAGAACGAGCAAGUGCUGGGCGAGCUAAAUGGGCCUGGCUUCGUCGUGGGCUUUAUUACCUGAGAGCUGGCCAGCAUUCACAAGCAGUGGCAGAUUUGCAGGCAGCUCUGCGAGCAGAUCCAAAGGAUGCCAACUGUUGGGAAUCUCUUGGAGAGGCAUAUUUGAGCAGAGGAGGCUUCACAACAGCACUGAAGUCUUUCCGAAAGGCUAGAGAACUUAACCCAAAGUCUAUAUAUAGUAUUUAUAAAGCUGCAGCAAUUGAACAGAUUCUAGGAAAAUACAAGGAGGCUAUUACAGAAUAUCAGCACAUCUUGAAGAAAUCAAAAGAUUAUAUUCCUGCACUGAAAGGUCUGGGAGAAUGCUAUCUCAUGAUGGCAAAGACUGCUCUUGCUGACUACCUGGAUGGGAAAGCACUAAACUAUAUUGAGCAAUCUCUUGAUUUUUUAGCCCGAGCCGCAAAGCUUCGCCCAGAAGUGUCUUGCCUUUGGAAGUUGCUUGGAGAUGCCUGUACUUCUGUUUGUGUUAUUUCACCAUCUAAAGUGAAUGUGAAAGUUUUAGGAUUCCUUAUUGGUCAGAACAUGGACACAUGUGUGCUGAAGAAAAGUGAUCUGCUCAGUUUGGGAGGAAGGUGUUAUGGUAGAGGAUUAAAACUGAUGUCUUCACCAAAUACAUGGUGUGAUCUUGGGAUAAACUAUUAUCAUCAGGCACAACACCUUACAGCAAUGGGCAAUAGCAAGAAUGAGAUCAGUGAACUGUUAGAGAAAUCUGUUCAGUGUCUUAAAAAAGCUGUGCGACUAGACAGCAAAAACCAUCUUUACUGGAAUGCCCUUGGUGUGGUGGCCUGUUGCAAAGGUGUUGGAAACUAUGCCCUUGCACAACAUGCGUUUAUUAAAUCUAUUCAAGUUGACCAAAUUAAUGUUGUUGCCUGGACCAAUUUGGGAGUCUUGUAUUUAACCAGUGGAAACAUAGAGCAAGCACAUGAAGCCUUCAAAGUGGCCCAGUCGCUGGAACCCUCCUAUCUAACCUGUUGGAUUGGGCAGGCUCUCAUUGCAGAAACUGUAGACAGCUAUGAAACUAUGGAUCUCUUCAGGCACACCACUGAACUCAGCAUGCAUACUGAGGGAGCAAAAGGCUAUGCCCACUGGGUGUGCUCAACCCUACAAGAUAAAAGCAACAGAAACACUGAAUUGUAUAGAUACAAUAUUCUUCAGAUGAAUGCUAUCCCAGCAGCCCAGGUUGCUCUGACCAAAUACACAGAAAGAGUCCAAAAUGAUGCAUGUGCCUUUACAAUGCUUGGCUAUUUAAACGAGUAUCUCCAGCUGAAAAAGCAGGCAAUAGAUGCUUACAAAAGGGCAGUUCUACUGUUGACAAAUUGUGAAGACAAAGAGAAAUACAGCAUAGCCAUGAGGAAUUAUGGCAGAUCACUGUGUGUUCUUGGUCAUUAUGAUGAUGCCAUUCAGGCUUAUGUAUCAACUCAUCUCUCAGAAUUUGAUGAUAUUCUAGGAAUUGCUCUGGCUUACUUCAAGAAAGGAGACUUCCAAGAAAGUCAGAAGGCGUAUGAAAAAGCACUCUCCAUUGCUGAAUGUGAAGAAGACAAAGCAUAUAUCCUGACAAGUCUGGCAAUAAUGGAAUACAAGCAAAAUCAAGUAGAUGCUGCAAGGACCCUCUUAUUUAAAUGUUCUAUUUUACAGGAACCAAAUAUAGAAAGCCUGCAGGCUUUAUGCACAUUAGGGCUGAUAAAGCAGGAUACUACACUUGCAACAGCAGCACUUAAAGAAUUAUUAAAGCAUGUAGAAAGAAAGGACAAUGUUAUAAAGAGGUGCCUUUUGACAUCUGCUGUCUAUGCAUUACAAGGCAGGAAUCAGGCAGUUCAGAAACAAGUUUCAAGAGCUAUUCACAGUAACCCAGAUAAUCCUGCUCUAUGGUCUCUCCUGUCUCGACUGGUACCUUGUUAUACACCGAAGAAUGCAAAGGGUGGGGCUGUGGCAGGAACUGUUGCUCAUAUUCUUGAUUUAAACUAUGGAAAGAAAGCCUUGUUGAAUACAGCAGUUAAUCAAUUGGCCAUAGGAUGUCACAAAGCUGAAAAUGAGAAGAGCAAUGCUUUGAAGAAUAUCCAAAAGGCAAUCUACCUUUCCCCAGAUGAUCCGGCAGCUUGGUCAGUGCUCCUAGCUGCUUGUCAUGCCGAAAAUACGGUUGUCUGUCUGCAUAAUACACAACCAAAGAGGACAAACCUGGAAAAAAUGAUUGUAACCACAAUCUCAGCUAAAACUAAAGAAAAGGAUCUCCCAGUUUCCCAUGUCCAAGCUCUUGAAGAAUGGUCUCUUUUCCAAGCUAUUACUGGCUUAAAUGAAACAGGGAGAACUUCAGAAGCUGAGGCUUUAUGCACAAAGGGAUUAAAAACAUUUCCUGAGCAACCAACUUUGUACCUGCUUUUAAGACAAGUUCAGUGCAAGCCACUUUUGCGAUCUCGUAAAGAGCUUCCUGAUACCAUCUUGGAUGAGCUUCGAAAGGCAGUUAUGUCCAACUCCACUUCAGUUACAGCUUGGCAUUGGUUAGCACAGGUAUACCAAUCCCAAGGAAUGAUGGUUGCUGCAGAGAUGUGUUACCGAAAAAGUUUACAGCUGGCAUCCCAGCAGGGCAAUCAGAGUGGGAAACUCUCUAGCCUACUAAGACUUGCUAAGCUUGCCCUGGAAAUCUGCAUGGCUAACAUUUCAAAUGAUCGCUGGCCGUUAUUGGUUCAGGAAGCCACAACAGAAGCGUUGAAACUUACUUUCUGCCCACUGAGUGUUCUACUACAAGCUCUUCUGCAGUACAACCGCAAAAUGGGGUCAAGAGACACCCGCCGCAUGUUAGAAAGAGUGGUAUAUCAACCUGGGUAUCCAGAAACCAUAGUAUCAGUUGCCCGAUGGUAUCUCUUAAGACACUUAUAUGCCAAAGAUGAUUAUGAAUUAAUAGACGCCCUUGUAGCAAAUGCUAAAGCCAAUGGAGAUGUUCGAGCUUUGGAGCUAGAUAAGAAACUUGCAGCAAUGGCAUCCUAGCAUGAAUUUUGUUGAUGAGGCAGAACAGUCUCCUGAAAGGCAUGGCUUCAACCUCCGCAGAGCAAUUGUUCCUUAAAGUCAAGCCUUCUGUUCUUUCAAGUGUAAUUUCCAAAAAUAUUUUUAAAAGGAUUGUGUUAUUAAACUGUCAAUUGCAAAUUCAGUUGAAGUUCGUUUGAUUUGUUUUCAACCCAAGCUUACUUGUUUUUAAGAUUCCAGGAUAUACUCAUGGAUUUGUGAAGAACAAAGGUAACACAUAGUUGGCAUCUGCUGUGGUGCAAAGUGGAACAUGUUUUGAGUUUUGAAACAAAGUGAGUCAUAUUCAACCCCACAGCAUGUGUUGUUGUUUUGUUACAGUAACCAUUUUAUUGCCAUUUAGAAGUAAUCCUUCUACAUAUUCUCAUUCAAAGGUGACUUUGUGGACUUAAUCUGUAUAGCAUGUUGAAACACUUUUACAGAAUGUCUACAUUUUGUCCUUCAAUGCCAGUUUGACAACUCAGAAUCCUAAAAACAUCACUUAGUUUUUCACAUCUAGAAGAAAUUAAAAAUAGCAUUUUCUCUAGCAGCCAUGCUGAUUAUGUGUUUUGAGGAAAGGACAAAGCUUAAUAACUUCCUUUUUUGGAAUAUAGCUCCCAGAAUGAUCAAGCCAGCAUGGCAAGCAGCUGAGGUUUCUUGGAACUUUAGCCCCUAAAAGGAACUUUCCUAUGAUCUGAAGGAGGAUUAACAUUUUCUUUUAUGCUAUUUCUCUCCUUUAAACCUUGCUUUUUGCUGUAUCAUGUGCAUAGCAAAGAUAAUUAGUACCUGGGAAAUAGGGCUUUUAGCAAAAAUACAACUGAAGGGGAAACCUUUCCUUUCCUUUCAUUGCAGUUUUCUGUUAUGUACUGAAAUCUUAAAGGUUGCAUUGUAUUAAAUUGAAAUUUAUUAAUAGACCCAAUAUGGCUGCUAGAGAAACAUAUAUAUAAGUUUGCAAAAGGAAUUUCCGAACUAAUCCUUUAUUUGAUUGCUUUUCCUCUGGAGAAUUACUGUA